AUGUACAAAGAAAGUUUAGCCAAAAAAGGAAAUGGUGUAGAGGACAGGUGUGAACGGAACCAGGACGAGAACUUCCUGAAUCGAGUUGGAAACGCACUUGGAAUUAAAGAGCAGGAUCGACCAGCGACCGUAGGAGGAUUUUCUGACGGAACUCGCAAAAUGUCUCGAAGUGGGCGAGCUAAUUCGGUAUCGGCGCCCUUGUCGCCGGACCUUAUCGCAUUUCUUCGUGAGUCCAUGGAAAAGGACCUCUUGUAUGAUCCACCCUAUGUAUUCGUGAUAUUCGGUGCAUCUGUGAGUAUUGUAAUCUCAUGUUUUGAUUGA